AUGGAAACAUUAGAAGCUAUGUUGAAAACCAUGCGGGAGUUUGUCGACUUUAUUGAUCAAAACAAGCAAAAUAUUUUCAAUGGCGUAGGUAUUUCAUCACCUGUUGUAUAUAAGCCAGUGUCCGGUUGUUCGUUAUGCACGUCCAACUUGAAUUCUGUGCAGAAUGACUAUCCUACACAGAUUCUGGCUCCACUGGUAUCUAAAUUGAGUGGUUACUUGGAUGCUCUCAACUCAAGUCGAGAGACACUUAAGGCACCACAACUCGUUCUUAACUCUGUAAUUACACAGCAAACGAAGCCUGUUGAAUUGUUUUCCUGGUGUCCUAUAGAAGUACAAGAAGAUGGAGAUUGUUGUCUUGGCGGAAUAGAAAGGGGAUUAAAUGAAGUGUGUAAAUUUACAAUAACAAAACGUGUAUUGUCUAUCUCUGAAAAUGGUCAAAUUGUUUAUACUGAAGGUGGUAACGCUUAUCAGCUGCACGGAGGAUUUUCUUGGUCCACAUUUUGUGCGGUUAACUCCACUUUACCGUUAACUUCACCUCCUACGGGAAUAGUUAAUGCCUUCUCUAACGGAUUUCCUGCAGGCAAUUGGAGAUGUUGGACUCAAGGAUUGUACUACUUCACAUCUACUAUUUUUGAUGGGCUAGGAGUAUCUGGAACUGUCGAACCCACAUUGGGACCUGUAAAUAUGACAGAUUCUUCUCCUGUUCAACAGUUAAAGGAUAAUCAUCCGUAUAAAGAUAUCUUGUCUUCCUAUAAGCGUAAUGUUGACAUGGAUCCGUACAUUGUCAAUACACUGCGUACUUUGAACAAAGAUUUACCAACCAAAAAUCAUGCUGUUAAAUUCAAAAAUGUAAACUCGAAACAUCAAUUUAUUGCUAAUGAAUCUUCUGGUAGUAUAGCUGGGAGGGAUGGAAACAAUCUGUCGACGACAGCUUCUCCUUCUUCUCCGUCUUUUUCUCAUUUUGCAUCAGUAUCUGAAGUCUUUGAAUUUAAACAACCAUCGAAUAAAUUUAGAAAAAGGAAAAGGAUUGAACCACGAGAGGAAGAUGGCGAGGAGGAGGAGGAUGAGGAAGAGACAGGCGAAAUAAUAGAUGAAGAAGACUGUGUAAUGCAGCAGAAAACCAAUCGCCAUCAUCACCAUCAUCAUCAAAGUCAUCAUCAUGACCGUCGUCGUCAUCAUUCUAUAAAUAAAACUGCAACUGCUAGACAAAGUGAAAGAACACUGUACAAGUCAAUUUUAAAUGGUAAUAUGAAUAACAACAAUGGUGAUGGUGAUAAUAAUAGUCGUCGUAAAAAUAAUAAUAAUAAUAAUGUUAACAAAGAUUAUAAUAAUAAAGCCAAAAAUGGUGUUGUCUCACAAAAACACAGGAAGAGCCAAACCAAUGAUCAUAGUGAUAUUGAUGAACGCUAUCGAUUGUAUACAGCUUCAGGUAAAAUAGUCGACGUGAGACAGUUAUGUCGUACAAGAUCUGGUCGUUUAGCCUUACCAAAACUGGAUAAACGUUAUGAACAGAGUAUUGUUAUGAGUGACGGACAUGUAUUGGGUGUUAAUCAUAAUGUAGAUGAUGCGACUAUAUUAUCAUGGUUAUCAUCAUCAUCCAACAGUUCAUAA